AUGAUGUUGAGCAAGUACAACCUGCUGGCUUUGCUGCUUGCGAGCAGCGCAUAUGCACGCACUUGUCUGCCCGCGUAUGAGGCGAAAAUCUCAUACGAGGGGUGCUACCAUGACCCCAACUCUCCCCGCGAUCUUGCCGGUCCGCUUUUGACCGUUGGGAAGCUCAACUCCCCGCGGUACUGCGCCAACAUUUGUGGCGCGGCGGGAUAUUCAUACUCGGGCGUCGAGUUUAGCAUUCAAUGUUUCUGUGGCUACAAGAUUGAAAGCACCUCGGUCAAGGCCGACGAGAGCCAAUGCAACGCCGACUGCCCAGCAGAUCCCAGCAAGAAGUGCGGCGGGGGAAACAUGAUCAACAUUUACAAAAUCUCCAACCCUUCGCUCAAUCCUCCUCUUUCUCCAUCCUUCCCGGACUGCACCCGUGACCCUCUCUGCAGCAACGACGUCUGCGACAUGAGCAAAAGCAUCGCCGACCGCGCUGCCGCCGUGGUCAAGGUGCUCACUCUGGACGAAAAGGCGACCAACCUCGCCAGCAGCGCGUCGGGCAGCGCCCGGAUCGGUCUCCCUGCGUACCAAUGGCAAAACGAGGCCCUCCACGGCGUGGCCGGCAGCACCGGCGUGCAGUUCCAGUCUCCUCUCGGCGCCAACUUUAGCGCCGCCACCAGCUUCCCCAUGCCCAUCCUCCUCUCGGCCGCCUUUGACGACCAGCUUGUCAAGGACGUGGCCACCGUCAUCAGCAGCGAGGCGCGCGCCUUCGCCAACCACGGCCUCGCGGGCCUGGACUUUUGGACGCCCAACAUCAACCCGUUCCGCGACCCGCGCUGGGGCCGCGGCAUGGAGACGCCGGGCGAGGACGCCUACCGCAUCGCCAACUACGUCGUCAGCCUUGUCGAUGGGCUGCAGGGCGGCAUCGGCCCGGAAUUCCAUCGCGUCAUUGCCACGUGCAAGCAUUUCGCCGCGUAUGAUGUCGAAAGCGGCAGGACGCAGAACGACGUCCACCCUACGCAGCAGGACAUGGCCGACUACUACCUCCCCAUGUUUGAGAGAUGCGUGCGCGAUGCCAAAGUCGGCUCCGUCAUGUGCGCGUACAACUCUGUCGACGGCGUGCCUGCCUGCGCCAGCAGCUACCUUUUGCAGGAUGUGCUCCGGGAUGGCUGGGGCUUCAAGGAGCCCUACAACUACGUCGUUUCGGAUUGUGACGCGAUCGACAACAUUUUCGAUCCGCAUCACUAUGCCAAGGAUCGCGUAGAGGCCUCGGUGCUGGGCAUCAACGCCGGCACUGAUCUCGACUGCGGAGAGACUUAUACCAACCUGAACCAUGGUGUGCGCUCCAACCUCACCACUGAGGCGACCCUGGACAAGUCUCUCACGCGCUUGUACUCUGCCCUCAUCAAAGUCGGCUACUUCAACCCACCGGCUCAGUACAACGAGCUCGGGUGGUCCGACGUAAAUACCACGCAGGCACGGACUUUGGCGUAUGAUGCUGCGGCCAAGGGAAUGACUCUUUUGAAGAAUGACGGGACACUGCCAUUGCCAAAGUCCUUGUCCAACGUGGCCAUUAUUGGCCCGUGGGCGAACGUGACUGACAAGAUGCAGGGCAAUUAUGCCGGCACUGCGCCUCUUCUUGCCAACCCUCUCGAUGUCUUUCAGAAGCGUUGGCAAAACGUCAGAUAUGUACAAGGCGCCGAUAUCAAUUCUAGCAACACUAGUGGGUUUGGGGCUGCUCUUGAUGCCGCACGAUCGUCUGAUCGCAUCAUCUAUCUCGGCGGUAUCGAUAUCGACAUCGAAAACGAGGGCCAUGAUCGGACCUCAAUUUCAUGGCCCGGCAACCAACUUGAUCUCAUCUCCCAGCUUUCCGACUUAGGAAAGCCUCUUGUCAUUGUCCAGUUUGGCGGUGGCCAAAUCGACGAUUCCUCCCUUCUCAGCAACUCCAAGGUCAGCUCCAUUGUCUGGGCCGGCUACCCGGGCCAGGAAGGAGGCAAUGCCGUGUUUGAUGUGCUCACGGGCGCGGCGCCUCCAGCUGGCAGACUACCUAUAACCCAGUACCCAGCGAGCUACACCUCAAAUAACAACAUCCUGGACAUGAACCUACGACCCUCCAACGGCAUCCCGGGCCGCACAUACAUGUGGUACGCUGAAAACCCCAUUUUUCCAUUUGGACACGGCCUUCACUACACCAAUUUUUCUACGUCCUGGGAGACCAAACCCAGCGCUUCCUACUCGAUCCAGGCACUGGCGAGCCGAGCGGGCAACGACCCCAACAAUGCCCUCUUUGCCAACCUCACCAUCUCGAUCAAGAACACGGGCGGCAAGGCCAACCUCGCAUCCGACUAUGUGGGCUUGCUGUUCCUCAGCAGCCAGAAUGCCGGUCCGUCGCCGCGGCCCAACAAGAAGCUCGUCUCGUACGGCCGCGCACAUAAUGUGCAGGUUGGCAGCACACAUCAGCUGGAUUUGAGAGUUAAUAUCGCGGAGCUUGCCCGGAGCGACGAAAGUGGCGACAGGUAUAUAUAUCCCGGGGACUACACUCUGGCGCUGGACACGACAGGUGUCAUAACGGCCCAGUUCAAGCUCACCGGCCAGGCAGCCAAGAUUAGCAGCCUUCCUCGCCGGUCCUAA